AUGGCUCUUCUCGCUGUCGAUCUCAAGGAAGGUACCAAGACCGUCCACGCCGAAGCCGAGCGCUCCAAGUUCGUCAAGUACUUCUUCCGCGGCGAAAUCACUCCUGCCACCUACGGCCGUUUCCUCGUCUCCCUCUACCACAUCUACAACGCUCUUGAGGAGGCCUUGGAGAAGAACAAGGACAACGAGAACGUCCAGCUGGUCUACUUCCCUACCGAGCUCAACCGCAAGGCCGCCCUCGAGGAGGACCUCGAGUUCUUCAACGGCCCCGAGUGGCGCGACAUGCUCUUGACCCCCUCCCCCGCCCAAAAGGCCUACAUCGACGCCAUCCGCCGCUGCUCCGAGUCCCAGCCCGAACUCCUCAUCGCCCACACCUACGUCCGCUACCUCGGUGACCUCUCUGGUGGUCAGAUCCUCGCCAAGAAGUUGCAAAAGUACAACGACCUCCCCGAGGGUAAGGGAGUUGCAUUCUACAACUUUGACCGUAUCGAGAACAAGAACGAGUUCAAGGAAAUGUUCCGUAUCCGUCUGAACCAGGUUGAGGUCGAUGAGGCGACUCAUAAGGCCAUUGUCGAGGAGUCUUGCCAGGCCUUCAUUCGCAACAUUGAUAUCUUCCAGGAGUUUGACCAUGAGUUGGAGGGUCUGCCCUUGACCAAGAAGGAGCAGGAGGCUCUUGAUGCUGCCCAGGCCGCCGAGACUGCUGCUGCUCAUGAGGCUGUCAAGACUGGUGCCUCGACCAGCAUCUUGUCCAGCUUGGCUCCUUCCAACUUGUUCAACAGCUUGGCCUCCGCCGUCGGCUUGAAGUCCGGUGCUUAA